AUGGAGCAAACACUCCACACGCCACUUCCGCACAUAAAGGCUCCAGUAGAGCCUGUGAAGGCUCCUACAGAGCCCGUAAAGGCUCCUAUAGUAGCCGCUAUGAAACCAGAAGGGCUAGGCGAGCUGGGUGCUAUGUAUCAUCCGUCGGGUGCUUGGGACACGGCAUCCACUUCCAGCGGCGGUCCUUCUAUCAACAGCUGCUCAAGCAUUGUGCAGCCAGUUAGCAGUUCCACAAACAGGUUAUCGUCGUCGUUUGAUGAAUCUGAUGUCAGCUUAAAAAGCAACAGAGGCGAUAUGCCUUCCACAAUUAAGCAUCAGUAUGUCGGUGUCUUACCAGGUGUUCUGUCCUCCAGCUCAGCUUCCGGUGGGCUUCCUUCAAAGGCUGUGGCCAUUCCCGAUAUGUCGCCAGCAUGGGGCCAGUACCAAAUUAGCACUACACCGGGGACUUGUACGCCGCUAUACUGCAGCUUGACGCCAACUAGGAUCCCAUCCCAACAAGGCCCUGCUUCUGGCGACGUUGAUGAAUCACAGGCGCAGCCGGCAUAUUUGGAGCCAGCACACCCUCAUAGGAAAUGUGUACACUCUUCUGAAAGUCUUGUGGAGUUACAUACAGACAAGAAUCCUUCUUAUAAUCGAGAAGGCGGUGCAUUGGGGAGCCGCAAGCUGUCUCUUUUGCUUAACGAAACACCACUGCAAGUGGAUUCACUGCCACAGGAGGUGCAAGCAAUGCUUCACAAAGAGGGAGAAUCAGUAAGCCAGGAGCUGCCGGUAUCUGUCCCACGCUGGUUUGACGCUGAAACAGGCUGCAUCCGUCAUGAAUACCUUCCUGAGCUCCCAAGUUACCGUAUGACUCUUAACACUUCCGUUGCGAAGCUCUCGGCAGCAUCUCGCGUUUACCAGCGCACCCGAUGGCCUGGCGAGCCCGCCAAAGUGGCCUUCUCCGGUUCUCAGCCCUAUAAAGCCAGAAGCAUCCGGCGUAUUUCUUGCCCUGAAACUAGUAUCCUUCGGAGAAAGUCCGACUUUGUCUCCGCAUCAUCGCAACCCCAAUCAAAUAUUCAAGCACCAGCAGAAACCGCUAGACAUGCCAGAAAUACUGUACUCUCUGAUGUGUCCGGAGGUCUUGCAGCGCGCAAUCGGCGCGUUCGUUUUGCCACCGUGGCGUCCGCCAGAGAAUACACAGAAAGAUCUCCUUCUCCGGUAGCCGGCGUUUCAAUGGUUUCAGAGCCACCGACGCUUGCAGGCCUUUGCCAAGAUGAUCCUUGGGGCACCCCAGAAGACGAUAGACUAGUACAGUUCCUGCCGGGCGACAAGAUCUCCUCGACACGAGCCACAAAGCUUCUCGACUGCAUGAUGGAAAUAGUUCAACGGCUCUUAAAGCAUUCAUCGGUACACAGUGCAGACCACGCGCAACUGGAAACAAGCUUAAGACUGCUCCAACACUUUGGAACAGAAUGUGUGGGCCGAGUACCGGCGCUUUGUUUCCUGGCAGACACUUUGGAAGCCUGCGAGCAGCUAGUGAAGGACAAGCUACCUGAGGAGGAGGCAGCAUUACUAUUGCUGCUGAUAGAAGCGACUAAAAAGCCGCUGCUCUCGCGAGAGGCGGUUCUGAGACUCCACCGUAUUAAACAACAGAUGCGAUACCCACAGUAUCUCGAUUUGUUCCUGACUCCCUUAGAAACCCUGCAGGUAUCCUAAAGUACCAUUCAUACACGGGCUACGCCAGCUGUCCUUGGGCCUCGCCUUCGGAUCUGCGACAGACGAAAGGCUACCACGAGGCUUUCCCUUUACGCCGCGAUUGCUGAUGAGACCCUUCUGGAUCCUGCGUGCAAAGUCCACGCCAAUGCCUUUCUAGUAAACGACUCGGCGUGUGGAAUCGUUACUUCACGACCAUGGAACGGCAGCAAAAAUCCCAGAGCAUUUGCAGUAGACAUCCUUAAGCUGUGUGAAGAGGAUAUUCUGGCAAGUCAGCAACGAAUGAAGUGUGACGAAUCUUCUCCAUCUGGUCAACAAGCAAACCCCAGAAAAGCAAGCAGCAUUACCAUGAUUAUUGAGAGUGCCUUACGUAGAACGUCAGAACUUGGCACGUGCAGUAUGGGCCUGCUAGCACUCGACGAUGCAGGAGAAAGAUUGCGCUUCGCUACUUGUGGAUUCGUGAGGCUUCUCGUCCUAAGACGGUCUUCUGCUUCUGGAAUUUUGUCUCGAGUGGCUGAGGCACCAGUGAGGAAUGCUGCUGUCGCUGCAGAGACGCAGUUGUUCAAGUGGCCCUCAAAAAAGGAGCUGAUCGAUGAUAUUGCUCGCCAAGCCGAAUGCCAGGACACCAGUGGAGUGGACACUUCCAAGGGAAGUGUGGACCCUGCAGCGCGAAGGCAGGCCUUGCUCAGAGUCAUUGAGUGGGCGGAAAAUGGUAAUGGAUGGAGCUCUCGAGGCCUUGUGGAGCAAGAAGUGUCUGUGCAAGAGGGCGAUUUCUUUAUCAUGGCGGAUGACAUUUUGUUCGAUAUCGUUAGUAGCGAAGAAAUGCGCCACUUGUUUUCAUGCUGUCUUACACCAGAAGAGGGCAAGGACGCCACUGACAUUUCGCUGUGCAUAUCUCCCACUUGUCUUCCAAAUCUUUUAAAAAGGCUGUGGAAGCAACGGGUACCAGAUGUGCAAGCGUUGCUGUCCCGUGUGAAGGACAAGCAACAACGAAUUGCUGCCCACGCAAUUGGCAGGCGUGGUGUGCCAGAGACGCUUGAAGCUUGCCCCUUAGACCUCCCGAUUGUGGCUGGAUGGAUUCGUAAUAGGAAAGAUCAUAUGGAAGGCGAAGACAGCUAA